CGAUAUGUUGAAUGUACUUAGUUGAAGGUUAAAUAUACUAAGUCAUAAAUUUAUAUAUUUCAUGUGAAAAAAGACAUUGAACUUUUUGUUGUAUAAUCUACAAGAGUUGAGAAAAGAGAUGCAUAACAAGUUACAGUUGAGCAAAUUUGCAUUAUAUCUAUUUGCCAUGGCAUUCAUUUCAUAUAUCGAGUGUAACCUUGUGAGAGUAGACAAAACUGAAGACGGUAUUCAAUGUUCUGCACAUUGUAUAAAGAACAUUUCUGACCAUGUCGUAUGCAACAAAACAACUGGGGAAUGUACCUUCGGCUGUGCUGACGGAUAUGCGGAACCACAUUGUACCAUGCGAUGUUCAGAAAACGAUGUAAAUUGCAAAUCGUGUCGUAUUGACCCCAAUACCAACGGAGUGGUAUGUAAAGAAUGCCCAAUGAAUUUCUAUAGGAGCGGUGGGAAGUGUUUGAGUUGCAACUACUGGUGUUUAAUGAACAGUUCUAUUCCGACUGCAACUUGCCGUGAAAGUGACGGAUAUUGUAACUCUGGAUGUAAACCUGGUAGAUAUGGCUUUAUGUGUGGAAACAGAUGCAGCUCAACCUGUAAAGACCGCUGUGACAGAUCUACAGGAGAGUGUUCCGACUGUAGGUUUCCAAGUUACUGCGGGCCUAAAUGUCAAAUACAGUGCCAAGAUGGAUGCUCACUGCAGCAAUGUAACCAAUCCUGUAGCUGUACGAACGGCUGUACUACUACCCACUGGGGAGAGAAAUGUUCUAAUCUUUGCAACGCUAACUGCAAUGCACCGACAGAUGUCAGUGUUGCAAUUUGUGAUAAAAUAAACGGAACUUGUCUUCAUGGUUGUAAAAACAAUGCAUAUUGGGGAACACAGUGCCAAUACAGUUGCUCAAUUAAUUGUUUAAACGGGACUUGCUAUCAACUGACUGGAUCCUGCAUUGGAGGAUGUCUAAUUGGUCAAUAUUAUGAUGAUAUGUGUACACGUGUAUGCACUACUAAAUGUGUAAACGGCACGUGUGAUGAAAACGGCAUAUGCGAUAUUGGAUGCAUAGACGGUUGGUACGGGAAAAUGUGUGAUAAACAGUGUAGUGAACAUUGUUUUGAUAGAGUCUGUAAUCGAAGCGAUGGUACAUGUCUAAAUGCAUGUCAGUCUGGAUGGUAUGGUCACAAGUGUGGACAACAGUGCAGUGAUAGUUGUCUGGAUGGAACAUGUGAUAAGGCAACCGGAAACUGUAGCAAUGGUUACGGCAUAGAGUACAAAGGUCCAAUUUUAGGUGGAGGCAGUGUGUGUUUUAAGUGUGAUGACAUGUCCAGUCCGCAGUACUGUGAUUCUCUGGUCCACUGCAGACAUGGAGAGAAAUGUUUUCUCGAGUCACACAUUGUCAGACAUGGGAAAAUAUUUCGCUCUGGUUGCAUGGAAGAACAGAGGUGUAACAUGCUUCAGACAAGUAAUUCUAGUUCAGUAUGUGUACAAUGCUGCAAUGGACAUACGUGCAAUAACAUAGGAUGUGGCAAUAACGAUUUUCCAACACGUGAACAUCGUGGACCUAUGUGUUUAGAUUGUCAUCAUUCUGGUGGCCCUGUACAUUGUGAUUCUGUCACGUUGUGCUCACGUGACCAGGUUUGUUUGAUAGAAAAAUUCCAAUGGGGAGAUGAUUUCCACUUCAAACAAGGCUGUGUCCACCAAGUGUGUAGUGCAUUAUCGUAUCACAAAAGGUCAAUUCCCCUCUGUCGUUCAUGCUGUGAUAAAGACUUCUGCAACUGGAAUUGUACAUCUGACGCAUCAAAUAACGGAGAAAUAUUUGUUGGUUGAUGAGUUGGGUACAAGUUGUAGCACAAUCGAGGGAGGAAUGUUCGUGUUAUAUGUUUUGUAUACUAGAAAUAGAUAAAAAAAAUUAAAAAAAUGUAUCUUACACCUAUAUUGACACGUAUAUCGACAACGCAACGACAUAACAAUUAGUCAAUUAUCCAAGGAUAUUGCUCACUUAAACAAAGACGCUUAAACACAUCACAUAGAUUAUUAUUACUGGUCAAUGUCAAGAAAAAGGGCAAGAAUAAUGUUAAAACUGUUUUCAUAAAAUUCUUUGUUUUCCCUAUAUAUAAUAAAAUUCACCAUCAUCAUCAGUCCAUUGUCAUCAUUAUCAGUACAUCGUCAUUAUCACUGUCCGUUCAUCAUCAUCAUAAAAAGUCAUCAUCAUCAUCUUCAUCUUCAUAUAAUCACCAUUGACCCCAUAAAAUAUUUCCGUUGAUGAUCAUGAAAUUGUUAAUGGCUAAAGAUGUGAAUAAUGCACUGGUAAAAUAAUAGAAAUAACACAUUUUCUUUCAAUGCAUCCGGAGAUAAUAACUUGCUUGCUUAUUCUACCACAAUAAAGUCAGUCUAGACGGUUGAAAUUGAUAUUUGAUAUUAUAUUGUAUGGGAGUCUUUUUCAUCUCUUACUGUUUUGAUAAAUAAACAUUUU